GGUAUGCGUUAGCUUUGCCAAUUAUCAAUUUUUCAUUAACAGAUUCGCCUAUCGGGAAGUCGAGUUUUAAAGUUUAACACCAAUUUAAACCAUGAGUGAAAACCAAGAUGCUAUGGAACUGCUCCGUAUUGAAGUAGAGAGAGAGGAGGAGGGCCCGAGAGAUGAAGGUAGAGAGAGAUGGAGGAGAGAAAGAGAGAGAAGCAGACAGGAGGAUAGAGAAAGGAUAAGGCGAGAGAGGGUCGAGGAACGGCGCAGAGAGACAAUUGUUCAACCACGACAACCUUUACGGCAACCUCCACGUCAACCUACACGUCGUCCCAAGAGAUGUUACAACUGUGGAAACGUCGGACACAUUCGGGCCCAAUGCCGAAGUCCGAAGCGUCGCCGAACAAAAGAAUACAGAGGGGACAGUGACGUGGGUGUUGUUCACUACCACUUCCACGGCACUGUCCGAAAUCUAAAAAUUUCGAAAUAA